CAAGAGUGGAGAGUGGGAGGAGAAGGCACGUUCACUCCAUUGUUCUCUCCCUCGUGAGCUCGAAUGGAACGCAACGUACAUCGUGGUCCGACCGCUUUUGUCCGUCGUCUCUCUGGUCUUACAGAACAAGCGAAGCACUAACCAAGCUAAGGAUAUUGGUUAAAAGGUUACUCCAAGCGAAGGUAUCAGCUUCCUUACUCUAAGGAGCAAUAGAGAAAGCCACGCAGAGCAAUUUGAGCUGUGGAAGAAAUGGCAGUGCAGCUUAGCUGGCCAUUUCCUUCAAUAAGCGGCAGUGGCAGUUUCACAACCAAUUCCCGGCUAUCUACGACAAAGCCAGGCAAAUUCUGCAUGGCUUCAUACCAUCCAUCAUGGAAGAGAGAUUAUACAAGUGUAAUGAUAGUGCCCACUGGGGUUGGUGCGUCCAUCGGAGGAUAUGCCGGCGAUGCUUUGCCUGUUGCCCGCACUCUCUCUUCGGUGGUCGAUUGCCUCAUCUCUCACCCCAAUGUUCUUAAUGCAGCAAUGCUCUACUGGCCAAUGCCUAAUGUGUUAUAUGUUGAAGGCCAUGCUCUUGAUCGGUUUGCAGAAGGCUUAUGGGCACUGCAGCCUGUUCACCAAAAUAAGGUUGGUCUUGUUCUUGAUGCUGCAAUAGAAGAAGAGGUCCGAGUUCGUCAUUUACAAGUCGCUGAUGCGACAAGAGCUUCCCUUGGUUUGCCUGUUCUGGAAUAUAUUGUCACGGAUACUGCACUAGAGGUGGAGAAGUGGAUCGAUCCUGAGAAUGGCCAUUCUACUGGGAGGAUAAAGCAUCCUGGUGCACUAUUGAGAGCUGUACAAACUUUAGUUAGCAGAGCAAAGGUAAAUGCUGUUGCUGUUGUGGGACGCUUCCCGGAUGAUGAUUUGGAUGAUGCGGAUGAUUAUCGACAAGGAGUGGGAAUAGAUGAUAUAGCAGGAGUUGAGGCACUCAUAAGUCAUUUAGUGGUAAAGGAGUUUCAGAUACCAUGUGCGCAUGCUCCUGCUAUGUCACCUCUGCCCCUGAGCCUCUCUCUCUCCCCAAAAUCGGCUGCAGAGGAGAUAGGAUAUACAUUCCUUCCCUGCGUGCUUGCUGGGCUAAGCAACGCACCUCAGUACUUGGUCGACGAAUCGGAGUUUAUGGAGAAAAGGUGCAUAUUAGGCAGUGAUGUUGAUAGUGUUGUUCUUCCUAUGGAUGCUUGUGGAGGUGAUGGUGCUCUUGCUUUCGCAACAAGGAAAAAGAAGCCGCUGAUAAUUGUUGUGGAGGAGAAUGAAACAGUUCUCAAUGACACACCUGACAAGCUACAGAUUGAAGCGGUAAAGGUUUCUAAUUACUGGGAAGCAAUAGGUGUUAUCGCAGCUCAUAGGGCCGGUGUGCUCCCAGAUGCUUUAAGAAGGAACAGGAUAGGCAACAUCUGCAGCGUUUCAGUUGCACCUCAUAAUGGUAGUGUAGUUGCUCAUUUUGCCUCUUCUGCUUGAUCUGAUGUAGAGGCGCCUCAUUCAAAAUACAUCGUUAUGGCAAGUGUCAUGUAGAGGACUCAUUUGCGAUAUCAAGUACUUUAGAUUGACCGAUGUCUUCUUUUUUAUCUUUUCACCUCGGUGUUACGAGUGUUGUACCUAAUUAGAAAUAGGACCGACGCUUUCGUGGUU